AUGUCGCCAUUGCUGCAAGCUCUUGUGAGCGGAUUGGCCUUGGCCAGCUCCGCUAUUGCUACGGGACAGCAUGAGAUUGAUUCUUUGGUUGCUUCUCAGAUUCUGACAGAUCCCUACGCCUAUGACUUUCCUCGCUUGGGUGCCCCUGGAUCUUCGCAGUUCCCCAUGCGCAAUUGCCAUGGGUUCAAGCUGGAAGAGGCCAGUGUCGACGAUAUCCAGGCUCGGUUGACCAAUGGAACUUUCACUAGUGUUCAGCUGCUCGAGUGCUACCUUGACCGCAUCACUCAAACACAGCCUUAUCUGAAUGCCAUUCUACAGCAUAAUCCGGAUGCUUUCCACAUUGCGCAAAUGCUGGAUGAGGAGCGUGCCAAUGGUAAGGUCCGUGGUCCUCUACAUGGAAUUCCUUUCAUUGUCAAAGACAACAUUGCGUCCAAGGACCGCAUGGAGACUACUGCUGGCUGCUGGGCUCUGCUUGGCAGCGUUGUCCCUCGUGAUUCCUUCGUUGUCCACGGCAUGCGUAAGGCUGGUGCUCUGCUCUUGGGCAAGGGUGCUUUGAGUGAGUGGGCUGAUAUGCGCUCCAACAACUACUCCGAGGGCUUCAGCGCUCGUGGUGGUCAGUGCCGUAGUGCUUACAACUUCACCGUGAACCCUGGUGGUAGCAGCACUGGUCCCGGUGUUGCUGUGGGUGCUAACCUGAUCCCCAUCGCCCUUGGUACCGAGACCGAUGGCAGUGUUAUCAACCCUGCUCAGCGCAAUGCUAUUGUCGGCAUCAAGCCCACUGUUGGCCUGACUUCCCGUGACGGUGUUAUUCCUGAGUCCCUGCACCAGGAUACCAUUGGUACUUUCGGCAAGACUGUUCGCGAUGCUGUCUACGCCCUUGACGCCAUUUACGGCGUUGACACUCGCGAUAACUACACACUUGCUCAGCAGGGCAAGACCCCUGAGAAAGGAUACACCCAGUUCCUUUCCAACAAGGAUGCUCUCAAGGGCGCUGUAUUUGGUCUCCCUUGGGAGUCCUUCUGGGCUUUUGGCGAUGCUGUCCAAAUCGCUCAGCUUGAAGAGCUGCUCGAUCUGAUCAAGUCUGCCGGAGCUACUAUUAUUAAUGGAACUGAGCUUCCCCAUUAUAAGGAAAUUGUUUCUCCCGAUGGCUGGAACUGGGACUAUGGCUCCACCCGCGGCUACCCCAACGAGUCAGAGUACUCCUAUAUCAAGGUCGACUUUUACAACAACCUCCGUGACUACCUUGCCGAGUUGAACAACACCGAUGUCCGUUCCGUCGAGGAUCUUGUUCAGAACAACAUUGACAACUACGGCUCCGAGGGUGGUUAUCCUGGCAUUCACCCUGCCUUCGGCUCCGGCCAGGAUGGCCUUGUUGCCUCCCUGGAGAGCAAGGGUAUCAUGAAUGCGACCUACUGGGAUGCUCUUGCUUUCUGCCAGCGCACUACCCGCGAAGAGGGCAUCGAUGCUGCCUUGAAGUGGAAGAACCGCACCCUGGACGGUCUUCUCGUCCCCCCUGAUGUCGCUCAGAGCAUCCAGAUCGCCGCACAGGCCGGGUACCCUGUUAUCACUGUUCCCGCUGGUACUGAGCAGGAAUCCGGCAUGCCGUACGGUCUUGCUAUCAUGAACACUGCUUUUUCGGAGCCUACUCUGAUCAAGUACGCCAGUGCUAUUGAAGACCUCCAGAAGACCUCUGGCACCCAAUGGCAGCGUACUCUUCCUGAGUGGCGUGGUUACCUCGAGCGUAAUCUGCCUGUGAUCAUGUAA